CGGACUCAUGGCUGCCUGGGGCAUGGAGGCGUCUGUGGACUCGGGCGAGGCGGUGGCGUUGAGCGCGGAGCCCGGCUUCCCCGCGCCCUGUUGUCCGCACGGUCCUGCUCUUCUGUUUGUCAAGAUAAGCCAAGGGAAAGAAGAAGGGAGGAGGUUUUAUGCUUGCUCCGCAUGUAGGGAUAGAAAAGACUGUAACUUUUUUCAGUGGGAAAAUGAAAAGGUGUCAGAUGCUAGACUUGCAGCACGAGAAGAAUUUAAUAGAAGUAGUCAGCCCUCUUUAUCACACAGACAGAAUGUGGAAAGGUAUAAGAAGUUUGUUCUGUUGCCAUUAUCGAAAAGGAAAUUUUGUCAAGAAUGCCAGCAGUUAUUACUGCCAGCUGAGUGGGAAAAUCACUCUGGACAUGAAGUACUUACUGACAUCACCAAUGCUCAGUUAAAAAGGCCCAGUCAGAUUCUAUAUCCACUGGAGAAUAAGAAAACAAAUGCACAAUAUUUGUUUGCAGAUAGAAGCUGCCAGUUUUUGCUGGAUCUUAUUACUGAACUAGGAUUCAGAAGAGUGCUGUGUGUUGGCACACCAAGGCUUCAUGAAUUGAUCCGAAUAAAUGGAUUUGAAGAACAGCAGUUCCAUGUUAAAAGCCUUUUGUUAGACAUUGAUUUCAGGUAUUCACAAUUUUAUACAGAGGAAGAUUUCUGCCACUAUAACAUGUUUAACCAUUAUUUCUUUGGUGGAGAGGUUGCACAAGAAGUAUGUAGAAAAUUCUUGCAUGAAGAAAAAGGUGAAGGGGUCAUAAUGGUGACUGAUCCUCCUUUUGGAGGUUUGGUGGAGGCACUGGCUUUUAGCUUUAAGAAGCUGAUUGCAAUGUGGAGAGAGGCACAAGAGGAAGCUCACAGCAGCAAGGAGAUGCCUAUAUUUUGGAUAUUUCCAUACUUCUUUGAGUCACGCAUUCUUGAAUUUUUUCCAAGCUUCACUAUGAUGGACUACCAGGUAGACUAUGAUAAUCAUAUGCUUUAUAAACAUGGAAAGACAGGCCGUAAACAGUCUCCUGUUCGUAUUUUCACCAAUCUGUCUCCAAGUACGAUAGUACUUCCUAUAGAGGAAGGGUACAGGUUUUGUUCUCUUUGUCAACGAUACGUGAGUUCAGAGAACCAGCACUGUAAAAUGUGCAAUUCAUGUACAUCAAAAGAUGGUAGGCAAUGGAGACAUUGUGUUCUUUGCCAGAAGUGUGUAAAGCCUUCCUGGGUUCACUGUAACACAUGCAAUCACUGUGCUCUUCAAGACCAUGCUUGUGAGAACGUGCAGAUUGGAUGCUUUAUUUGUGGCGGAGCAGAUCACAAACGCAGCACCUGCCCUCAUUUUUCUGUGACUAGAAGAGCUUACCAAGCUGACGGAAAGCAAAGGCAAAUGAAAAACAAGAAGCUAAAAAUGGAUACCAUUAAAAAACCAUCUGUGAAGCAGAGGAAAAUGAGAGUCUUGAAAGGAAAAAUAAAAAACAAGAAAGAGUGAAUCACUCUUUCUUCUUGGCAUCCAGUUACUCAAGAUUUUUGCAGCCAGUCUUUGAUUUCAUUUACAGCAAAUGUUAGUAUGAUCUUUCAGAAUAAAAUCUAGUUGAAUUGGAAAUUAUUACCCCUAUAUAAUUACCUUAGAGUUUCAAUGGCACUGGGACAAAAGAAUGAAGCUUGUUACCCUGUUCAUGAACUAUUUCAAAUGAGAGAGAGAAAAUUAAUUUAUAUAUGUCAGCCCAUACUAUGCAAAACUUGUAAGUGGAAUAAUAUUAUAAAAUACCACUAAAAUAAAGGGACAAAAAUUAUAGUAGUUUUGGUUAGUUUGGUAUUGCCCACUGUUUAGGGAAAAAAAGAUCAAUAUAUUUGUAAUGCUGUCUGUUACAAACAUCAUUCCACUUCACCCCCACACGCUCACUCUUAAAACCCACCAUCCAGCAUGGUCAUAUAGAUAACAAAUGUUAUAUAAUCCUUUGCUAGUUAUCCACGUGUUUGGUUUUGUCUCUAGGCCUGGAAACUAGUUCCAGAUAAGUUAUGACUUAAGUAUAUGUUUAUAUACUUAAGUGGAUACAUUUAGAAAGAUAAUAGGAACACAGGACAUUCCUGCUCAGAUUUUAUAAUACUUUAUUAUAAGCUGAACCAAAUGUCUUUAUUUAUUUAUUUUCAUUUAUGAAGAGAAUUUUAAUAGCUAAACUUUAACAUAUAAUCUUUUCAUUGGCUAGUGGUGAUGGAGGCUGAGCUUCAAGGCCAGCUUGCCCAGAUUAUUCUUGAUGUUGUCCUUAAUGUGUGAAUGUCAUGUAAAAACAAAAUUAAAACUAAAUAAUAAAUAAAAUGCAAUGACAAGAAUGUAUUUUUUUAACUAUAGGUUUUUUAAUUCAAACCAAACAUUCUACAGUACUUAGCUACAACAAACUCCCACCUGCCAAGCCACAAUACACAGCCUUUCAGAGGAAUACUUAAUUUUUUAAAGAAUGUACCAAGAGGAGUUCCUCUACUAAUUUUCAGACCUAGGUCAUCUUGCUGUUUCGUGGACACUAUGACUGAAACAAAUAUGAAAUGAAUAGAGCAAAAAUAGUCAUAACUAAGGUGACUCUUUAAGACUCAGUGAAUUUCAUGUCAACUGUGUUCUAUUUAUAAUUUUAAAAGAUGAUGUAGUGUAAUUGCUGCAGACUCAUUGGAGUGGUGUUUUUCUCUUUUGUAUAUCUUCACCAGCAUUAAAGGUCUUUUACUAUUA